UAGACAACUGACGUGCACAACAAAUAAAUAUCAUUUGUUGUCAUCGCGGAGGCGAAUCGCGCGUACCUUAAACGCUGUCUCUACUAUACAUAUAAAUAAUACAUAAACGUUUUCGUAUCAUACUUGACAAGUGUUUUUACAUAAACAAGUGCAGGAAAUAUGUGACAUUACUACUCCUAGGGUACGUACUACGAUCGUCCAUCUAGGCGUACAACGAGGCUCGAAGUGGCAUGUGGUAUCGCAUUUUAGGCAAUUUUGCGACCAACACUCUGCCGCCGUUCGUUACUCCGCUACUCCUGCCGCCGUCGUCGCUGCUGCUGCUGCUGCCUCGAUCGGUGAGCGAGUUCCUAGCUAGCGCGGAGGUACAGUCAACGUAAAAAGUUUCGCCACUCCGCCGCGAGCACGGCUGAGCACGGCUGAGCACGGCGAGGCGGGUUUAUACAUACUUCGUUAAAUCGCGUAGUAGACGUAGGUACAUACCCUCCUUAUGUACGUACUACAUACUAUCGUUUUAUCGUGUCGCGUGAGGUGAGGUGAGGAGCCUAGCUCGCUCGCUCGCUGCCGCGGUAUGUACGCGUAUGUCGUCUAGUGCCCCGUGCGACCAACGGCAAUAAGCAGCCACCUCGAUGCUACUACAUGGCCUAACUACGUGAAAUUGUAUAAUGGCGUUAUCCUCGGCUGCCGCCGUAGUCCUCGCCAAAAGUUCGCCGCCGGUUACUGCAGGAGGAGGAGGAGGAGGAGGAGGUUCUUUUGACAACGUGACGGUGAAGCAGGAGCGACCCGACGAUGCGGAGAUCAGGGAGCUGGCAGCCAAAAUGGUGGAAGCAAACAAGGCGAAAAUGGUUACAGCGAUAGGCGGUGCGCAGCAGCAGAGGACUGGGCAAAACAUAGUGCCUCAGCCAAAUUUACCAGGGAUACUAGGCUACCUUUCCAAUGCCAAAAAACCUGUGGAUUCUUCUAUAAUCAAGCCGCAGCUGCCAGAGGGGAAGAUUCCUCUUGACGACGACAGUCAGAGAGGUAGAUUUGGUUGGACAAGCUUUGGAAAGUGUCAUAUACCAUACAUAUUUCGAGCCGGUGAAAGAUAUUGUGCAGUGAGGAUAUUGGAGUCUAAAUUAUUGAACAAAUAUCUUGGAUAUCUGCACGCCGAUAUAUACAGCUGCACUUGCAUAAGAAGCUACUACAUAACAGAGGCGGAGAGCAAGCUGUUCAACGAGAUAAACAUAAAACACUGCGACAAUCAAUUUGGUAGGGAAACCUUCACCGUCAAGGAUCUUGUCGUGCGGCUCGCAGAUGCCAAGGAGUUUUACACGUUUCUGGACAUGUGCUAUACGAAGUUGACAGCUGGCGCUGGCCAGAACAAUCCUGCUACCGGUAUGCAGAAGGCUGAGAAGUGCGGUUUUAUUCGUAUAAACAAGGAGUCGGUCGUUCCCUACACGGUCAAAGAUGGUUUAAAAUAUGUUCCGCUUUUCUACUUUGAGGGAGAGACUGAUAACCUUAAACUUAAGGCUGAGAAACUUGAGGGAUGGGACCUGUCGUAUUUAAAAUUCUGCUGCAAAGUUCAGGGAAUACGCAAUGAACUGUUUGCCAGUGAAACGUGUUCCGUGAUCAGUUUGAGUGACAUAAAAAGUUACUUUCCGCCCGGCACCGGAUUCGAGGAUUAUUGGCCGAGCAAAGUGAUGGACUCGCAGUUGUUGGUGAGCAGUAAGGGUGGGGGCACUGGGGGGGGAUGGACAAAACAGCCUCCCACACCUCCCGCUGCUAAGCAGCCAUCCGUUGUUCAAAACAAUACCAAUAAAAACAACUCGAUAAAUCUUCGAAGCGCUCAAAUACCGACCAUUUUACCAAGGGGCGUUAACAGUAACGCGACUAUCCAUAGGCUCGGUCAACCCAGACCCGUCGUCACUACGCACCCUGCCCAUUCCUCACCUUCUAGGGUUUCACCUGGUAGCAGGACGAGCUCCGUCGCACAGCAACCUAUGCUCAGCGCCGUUCAAACCGCGUGUAACGGAUGGCCGGGCCUCGUCGGUGGGCAACCCACAUUUCAGACUUUAGUUUCACAGCCGAGCCAAGUCAUCAAAAUGACCAACGCUCCUCUCAACAUGCAUAAUCAAAUAGCUUCAUCGAAUAAAACUUACUCACCGCAGUCUAGGAGUAGAGGGGGUGGUAGCGGGGCAGGGGGGCAGUAUCCAGGAGUAUAUCCUGUCACAACGAUGCAAGCCGCUGUCCAAGCCCAGCCACCCCCUCUUGUCAGAGCUACCACCCACACCAGUCAGCCCAAUAUCGGUUAUCCAACCUAUAGGAAGGAUGACUGGGCAACAACUACGUACACAACACCAAGCUUGGGUGUUCCCAGCGCCGUCAGUCCAAGUACCUACCCACAUAAUUUGUUAGGGCUAAGCGUUGAUCAGGUCCAUGCCUUAAUGCCACCAACCCAAAGUAUGUUGUCGCAUCCUGCGCGACACACACCACCUGGUCACAAUUCUGCCACCGCAAAGUAUCCACCGCCUCUUAUACCCGUUAAUGGAAGUAAUAACAAUGCCAGGGAUUCCAGAAGUAGAAAACCGCUGUUACCUAUACCGGACACACCUACUUCAGGCUCUCAUGUACCGUACAAAGUACAAAAAGCAUUGGUUGACGAGAAAAUGGUGCCAUGCAUCAACUUCAAACCAUACAUUUACACCGAACUGUUAAUGACUCUUCCUGACUUUGUAUCUCAGUAUUUUCCUACUUGUGACAUAAACACUUGCAGGCAAGUCCUGACGGAUGUUUUGGGUAUCGAGUUGUUUCAAGGGAAUAGGCAACAGAUGCAAAUGCUUAUGGAGGCAGGUAAAUGCUCUUCACUAAAUGAAGAGCUUCCUUUGAUCCAAGUGAAAAACAUAAUGACGUACAUGCCACAGAUGAAGUAUAUACUCAAUCCUCGAAACAUAGCUAUUCCUAACUUGGCUCACUCGGCCGAAGACCAUGCUGCUAAAAAACGUCAACGCACCAGCUAGGAGUGGCUACAGCCUUACUGGCCCACGUAUAAUUAUUACCAUUCAGCAUUUUAAUGGGGUACCUAUACUGUUCCGUACUGGCCCUCUGCAAAAAUUGCUGGAUAAUUGGCAUAUCUGAAGGUGCUUCUGAUCAAGUCAUGUUCCUUUAUGUAUAUAAAUCUAUUGCGGCAAAUGAUUCGACCAUAAAAAAUAUGAAAAACAAAAUAUGCAAAAAUUCCAAAAAAAUUUUUAAUUACGUCUUUUUUUUUUACCCAAAUGAGAUUAUAUGUAUAUAUCUUUAUUCGUUCAUUCUUUUCCUCUCUUUCUCUCUUGCUCUGAAAUGUAUUUUCUUUUAAUGUUACACACUGUCUGAUUUGUAAGCUUUGCAUAUGAUUUAUUACUUGAUCAAUUAUAUCUCAUUUGGGUAAAAUUUGAUAUAUUCAUUGUGAACCGCUCAGGCAUGGUGUGAGAUAUUUUACGUAGACAGCCAGAACUCUGAUGUAAGAUAUAGAUUGUCAAAAAUUUUGAGCUGAAAUUCUUGUCCUUUUUACGUUUAAUGUCUGGUGGUUACAAGGAACAGCAACAAAAUAUUUAUGAAUACGUCCUUGCACGAAUAUAGGCAAAAGAAUUUACUCCCGAGUUCUCGCGUGUUUGUGUGAUCAGUCUACGUAAAAUUAUAUUGCAAAAAAUCAACAGGCUCUCUUUCUUUCUUUCUCUCUCUCUUUCUUUUAAUUGGUUGUAAUAAGAAAGAUAUCUACUUUCUGUAAACUCUCAAAUUUGAAUUAUUCACAUCUAUAUCUAUUAAAUUAUUUAAAGCAGCGACUGAAUAAUUUUUAAUUAUAAUAUUAACUGAAUUUGGGCACAUUUUGGGAAUUUCAAGGUUGAUUAUUUAACAGAAAUUUAUAGUUCCCCUUGAUUUACUGCUUUUUCGUAAAAAUUACUCCAAAAAUUGACUUCUCUGUGCGAAUAAUGUUCAAAUACAAACGUUACUCGCAGAACAGACGAAACUGUAACAAAAGCUCAUUUAGUGAUGAUCUAUUAAUAUUUUUAGAUGAAAAAAACAUCAAUGAAUUCCCACAGUAUUUGACGAAAAAAAAAAUUAACAGUGGGUUUACAUAUUUCGAACUUGCGAUACGAUCGAGCAACAGACAUGGUGCCAGCUCAAGUUCCUAGUAAAAAUGUCCUGGUGUACGAAAUCGCGAAUGGACGAUAAUAAGUAAUGCAAAAACAGGGGGAGAUUAGUGACACACAUGCUGGAUGAACGCAGUAUGUGGAGUUCGUGAAAAAAAGCAAGAAAAAAAAAAAAAAUACAGUCAAAAGGAAUUUCAUUCCUGCAAAAAAGUGAUUCAAUAUUUUUUUAAUCAUUCCAACAUUUUACAAGGCAUCAAAAAAUAAAAAUAGUGUGUAAAGCUUUUUCAACAUAAUCUAUGUCUACAGUGAUUACAUAUUACUGUACAGCCAGUUUGAAAUUCAUCAGUUUGAGAUUACACGAUAAAAAAUAUUUUUGUUCGCCUUGCUAUAUGUCGUUCAAUCUGCAGUUCUUCUUAUCACAGAUGCCAACUAUAAUAAUGUAACUAGUUAACGCAUAAGAUGUCUUUUUUUUUUUUUAUUUAUAGCACCUUUUGAAUAAUUACGUGCGUUGUAAGGCAUUUAUUUUUGAAAGAAAAAAAAACACAAAAAUAAAUAAGACAUACACUAUUCAACAAAUUGUCGCACUCUAUCGCAGUAGAAUUCCCAUAAUUCUGACGCGUUAAUGUGAUGAUACAUUUUUUCUUUUACUUCUAAUUAUUCGCACAUACUACUUACUACAAAAUACACUUAUGGUCGAAGUCCUAGUACUGACCAUCUAGAAAAUUUUCGGUGAAUAAUGAAAGUAAUAAUGAAAUGUUUCAUUUUACACAGGCAAAGGCCAUAAGCAAUGUAAUAAUGUGUAUGUGAUCUUCCGUCGUGUUACAUGAUGUACGUAGUACGGUAAAACACAUUCUCCUCAUAAUGCGAAACGAAUAGCAGUGUCGAUGACUCUCCUGACGAAAUUGACGAGAACAAAAAGGUGUAAAUUGAAGGCUAAUCAAAUAGGUAUCCUAUGAACGAUAUCUACUUUGUAGAAGAAUAUAACUGUAAGAUUAUUAUACCUAGUUAUGGAAGUAAAAUAUGGACUUGACCUGUUCGUACUGUAAAUUUUGGACAUUUGUGGCAGAGAUUGUAUAAAAAAGAAGUGAAAAAAAAAGAAACAAAACGGAGAAGAAAAAAUGAAAAAAAAAUAAAAAUAAACAAAACCCACC